CGGCAUCAGCCCCUAUAAAUCAACCUCUGUCACCCUUUCAAUACACUAACACUUCUCUUUCUUUCUCUUUCUCUCUCUCUUUCUUUCUGUCUUGGAACAAUGGCCAAAGCCAUGGCAUUAGUGUUUUUCAUGCUCCUGGUGACUGUGUUUGCAGAAGAGCUUCACACUCUUCCAACACCUCACUCCCCCACAUCAGCCCCACUUCACCCACCAGCUUACCCACCGGCAAACGCCCCUCACCACCAUCACCACCACCACCAUUCACCAGCAUCAGCACCUGCACCUCUUCACCCUCCUUCUCCCCCCACUCACCCCCAUUACCCUCCAGCCCCUGCUCAUCCUCCUACCCAUCAUCAUCACCAUCACCCUUCUGCUCCCGUUCACCCUCCUCUCAAACCUCCCGUUGCUCCACUUCACCCUCCAGUUCCAGUUCACCCUCCUGUCAAGCCUCCGGUUCCGGUCCGCCCUCCUGUCAAGCCUCCGGUUCCGGUCCACCCUCCUGUCAAGCCUCCGGUUCCGGUCCACCCUCCUGUCAAGCCUCCGGUUCCAGUCCACCCUCCAGUUCCUGUUCAUCCCUUCCCUAGAAGUUUUGUGGCAGUUCAAGGUGUUGUCUACGUCAAGUCCUGCAAGUAUGCUGGAGUUGACACCCUCCUGGGAGCCACACCACUGCUUGGUGCUGUUGUGAAGCUCCAAUGCAACAACACGAAGUACAAGCUGGUCGAAACCACGAAGAGUGACAAGAACGGUUACUUCUACGUGGAAGCUCCGAAGGGCAUCACAACGUACGGGGCUCACAAGUGCAAUGUGGUUCUGGUUGGUGCACCAGGUGGCCUAAAAGCCUCAAAUCUCCAUGGUGGUGUCACCGGUGCUGUUCUGAGGCCAGAGAAGCCAUUUUUGUCUAAGAAGUUGCCAUUUGUGCUUUACAGUGUUGGGCCUCUGGCGUUUGAGCCGAAAUGCCAUUAUUAGAAACAAGAAAUUUGAAUGGAUUGUGUAUGGGUUUGUUUCCGUUGUGGCCCUGUAGCUGGGUUUUCCCGUUUGUAGUGUUCUGAGUUUGAACUGGUCAUACACAAAAUAAGUGACAUAGUUAUGUAUGAAUUGUUUAUUUAGUGUAAAAGAAAUGUUGUUUAUGGCUUUUUCUUAAGAUGCUGCUGUCUCUUUUCUUCUAUUGGUUUAGGGAACGUUAUGAUGAUUAACUUUCAAAGGAAAUUGUAGCCUAAACUUUUCUGAAAGGAUCAUGCUCCUCUUUUUACUCA